AAAAUGAUUGUAAAUGAAGUAAUUAUAACUAUAAAGCAUAACCUAUAUACAUAGCAGCAUAACAAAUAUUUUUGGGUCGUGUCUUAUUCCCAAAGCUAGAUGCGAAAAAAAAAACAUUGAAUUUUAUGAAAGACCAGAAAAACAUCUUCAAUGCUAAAAAUAAGACCAAUACUGAAAAACUAUUGGCUGUGCUAUUUCAAUUAUCCUAACUCGAACCAUUAGAAUUCCUCAUAAUGAGUUAUCGUGGAAGAGGAAGAGGUGGUGGUUACCACAACUACAAUAACAACAACAACAACAAUGGAAGAGCCAACUUCAAUCAUAAUCAGGUUGAUCUGUACAUUGCACAAAAUUCUAUACCGAUUGAAAUCAUGGGUUGGAAUGGAGCUAGUCUGGAUGAAUGUGUUAAUUUUAUAUCGAGAAAAUGUAAAGUGGUGGUGAUGAAUCAUGUGGUGGACCCCGCCACUGGUGUCUUAAAAGGUUAUGUCAAAACUCAACAAAUGGCCAAUGACUUAUUAGAGUGGUCUGGAGUUAAAUUUGCUGGUCAAUCAUUGAAAUUCAGUAAAGGUGGGGAUACAUUCUCCAAUAAAAUAAAUCCUGGUAAUACCAUUGACGUUAUAACUCAAUUUAUCAAAUCAAGAUAUCAACCAGAAUUCAAAAUGCUUAAUUUAAGUGCAGUUAAACAUGAUCCUAUACUUGUGAAUCAAGGUUUCUUUAAUUCAAUUUCAACUACUUCCAAAUUCUUCCCAGCUUUAAUGAAAAUUGCAGCAGAUCUUAAACUUGAAGUACUUAGUGUUGAUUUAUCAGGAAAUGAAUUAACUGAUUUAUCUACUUUAUCAGCCAUGGCUGCUACUUUCCCUCAAUUACAAAAUUUAUCAUUACAAAAUAAUAAUUUAUCCAGAAUUAAAGUUUUUGAAACUUGGAAACAUAAAUUAAACUUUUUAAGAGAAUUAUUACUUAGAGGUAAUCCAUUAUUAGCAAACUUAACUAGUGCAAGUGAUGUGGAAAAUAUUAAAUUGGAAAUUAUGAGAGCUUUCCCAAGAUUAAUUGUCGUUGAUGGUGAAAUACUAAGAAAUGAACAUGUGUUAAAUGAAUCCUUAUCAUUCGGAUUCCCAAGUGGAGGAUCUAUGUUCUUUCAAGAUGAUGAAAUUAGAAAUAUGGCCACCAAUUUCAUUUCUAAUUAUUUAAAUUUAUGGGAUUCAAAUAGAGCUGAUUUAAUGGUUCUUUAUCAAGCCGAAUCUCAAUUUUCUAUGCAAGUUGAUACUUCUCAUCCAUAUUUGCUUGAAUCAAAAACCAAUAAUAGUGCUGGAACAGACUUUGGAUAUUACUUACCAAACUCUCGUAAUCUAACUAGAGUAUCAUCAGCCAAAACCAGAUCAAGUCGUGUUGCCGUUGGUCAAGAACAAAUUUUUAAAGCAUUUUCUCAAUUACCAAAGACCAAACAUGAUUUAUUAGCUAAACCAGAAAAUUUUAGUGUUGAAAGUUACAGAUAUUCUCAAGUAAAUGGAGUGAUAAUAACUAUCCAUGGUAGUUUUAAUGAAACUGAUAAACCAGAUAAUUUGGAUGGAUUACAAUCUUCAGUUCCAAGUGGACCAAGAAAUAGAUUUGCUUACAAUCAAAAUAAGAAGGCAAUUGCCUUAGGUCAUAAAAGUUUUGAUAGAACUUUGGUUGUCAUACCUGCUCCAAAUGGAGCCAUGAUAGUUGCUAGUGAUCUUUUAUUAAUAAGACCAUUUGCUUCAAAAGAUGCUUGGAAACAACCCCAACUGUAUCAAAUAACACCACCAAGUUCAGCUCAAUCAUCGAACCCAUCACCAGUUCCAGCAGUUACAGUCCAUGGUGCUCCUUCAGCCAACGACUUACCUCCAGAAAUAAAAUCCAGCCUUAAUCCCGCACAGCAAGAAUUAUUAGUAAAGGUGGUAUUGGAGACUAAAUUAACUCUCCAAUAUGGUAUUAUGUUAUGCGAACAAAGUAGUUGGGAUUACCAACAAUGUAUCAUAAAUUUCAAAAACUCAGUUGCUUCGCUUCCAAGGGAAGCAUACACUACAUAGAUAAAUUCUGACCAAUAUGUCAUUAUAUAGAAUUUAUAGCAUAUAUUUAGUAAUAAGGACAUAAUUUAUAUGUAUUUUUAAAUAUUAAAAUAUCUGUUUGGACCAAAUAUUUUUUUUUUUUGUAUUUUCAGCUUGCGGUGUGUGCAAAAAGAUUACAACAGCACAUCAUAGCUGUAAUUAGAGUGAUCUUGCAAUUAAACCACUACAACUAUAGAAGAUGAUAUAACGAAGAAUAAUAUGGGUCAUAACAUAGCAAUGGUAUCAGAUUUCUUCUUCCCCCAACCUGGGGGAGUGGAAUUUCACGUGUAUCAUUUAUCUCA